GAUUGGAUUAUUUAUACUAAUUAUUAAAAUAGUUACAUACCUAGUUUGUAAUGUAUGUUUAAGACAAAUGACUGAGACUAAGAUAUUCCUGUAAAAUUUGUUUGCAAGGAACGAACGAACAAUGACAAGUGAUGAUGCUAAGCUAAUUCAAUUAAUGUUGUGGGUUAUCCAUAUAAUAUAAUUCAUCCGCAUAAUUUACGUAUUAAAAUUAAACAAAGUACCAUAGCUUUUUACAUGAGUGUAUUCGGAGAGUCGUGGAGUCGGCAAGUGGGAACUUCAUUUUGCAUUCGCAGCUGUCAUAUUACGUGUAGUGUGAAUCACACGUGGAAUAAAAAAUAGUUAGUAAUUUAGUAAUUUAGGGGUGGUUGAGUUGGAUAAAAGUUUAUAAUGUGAGAACUUGUGUGGUUCAUGUAACGUAACCAAACGUUAACAAAAUGGGUUCAUAUAGUUUCUUCUGCUUGUUCACCUUUAUCUUUGUGUUUGUAUCGUCGUCACUAUUUUUGUCAUGUGUUGGACAAGGAAUGGUAGCAUUGUCACCGGUUGUGGAUCACGUCGAAAACGAUAACAAUCCGACAGAAUUAAAAAAGAAGGAAUCAUUAUUACCACCAGAAAAGAUUGACGCCCAUGUCAAAAUUGCCACUGCUCAUUUGGAUGAACACAAUGACAAAUCCGAUCGGCUCACCGUAAAAGACAAGCCCGUAUCCCUCCAAAAUCCGGAUAAACACGCCUCCGAAGAGUUCAUCUUAACAUUUCUCCUCGCACAGUAUCCACGCUCGGAAAGUGUUGAGGAACAAGUCGAAAUUUUACAAAAUUUAGAAAAUUUUAGUCAUAAAUGGGAGAAUGGGAGAGAUCUUUUCAAAGCAACAGGAGCACUUCAGGAGAUUCUACUUCCUGCCCUAAAUUCCAGUCAUGAUUCAGUGCGUCGCAGCGCCUGUGCCAUAUUCGCCAUCGCGUCCCAGAAUAACCGUGAAGUGCAAGAAAUUAUUGUCUCCGAGUCAGGCGUUAUUCGACGUCUAAUACACAUAAUCAGUUUUGAUGAGAAGGUUCGAUCUAAAGCAUUGUGGGCGUUAUCAGCUCUAGUAAGAAAUUUUAGAAUGGGCCAGUCCAAAUUUAUGGGUGAGGGAGGAAUACCGGCGUUAGUGAAGGUGGCGUCUUUUUUGGAAACACGGAAACGAUGCCUCAAUUUGGUCACAGAUCUUCUUCAAGAGCACAACCAUUGCAGAGAGGAUAAUGUCAAUGAAUUAGGCGCCGACGUAUUGGCUGAUUCUGACUGCGACGAAUUCAGUAUCUUGGAAAAGACAUUAAAACAAUCUGGCUGGUGCGAUGUUAUUCUUGAUUCUGUCAAGAAUAUUCCUGGCUUUGAUACAGAAGAUCAACUUCACACUGUGGAAGCUGUAGCCGAAAGUUUGCCCUUGUGUAGUAGUGAUGGAGUAUCAGAAUAUCUCCACAUUUUCAGAGCACUAUUAACCAAGUUGAAACAAUUUGGGGAAAAAGAGUGGGAGGAGGAGAUGGCCUUGGUUAAAAGUAUUUUGGAAAGGAUGGAGAAAGACAGGUUAAUGCGGGAUGAAUUAUAAAAUAUACAUAAAGUUAAUGUUAGCAAGUCUCAACAACUCAGUCAAUUAGCAAUUAGUGAUUGUAAUUUAUUUAGUUUCUAAUUUUUUGGUACAAAUAAAAUGUUCGCAAGUUGUAUAAAUCAGA